AUGGAUGACCCCGAUAUACGACAACAGAAGCUGGACAACCAGCGAACCCUUUUGAUGAAAAAGCAGCAAAAGAAGAGGGCUGAUUCUCAAAUGGUGAUACCCAAUAGGGAUACUCGACAAAAGAACCGGAAGCACAAAGCUGUCCGCUCUGAUGAAACACCCCUGUUGAUCAGCCAGUCCCUGAGCAACACUUCCCUGAGUGAUCAAGUUGAACAUGCCCAUGAUAACCCACUGGAUGAGAUCACAUUGGGUGAAUGUGAUACGACAGCAAGUAUGUUGUUAGAGGAGAUGCCUUCAGAGAAGCUAGUUACUCCCAAGAAAAUGAACUUGGAAAUUCCCAUGGAGCCUGAGGUGAAGUGUGACAUGGAGAAUGAUGCCCAGGUAGAGGGAAAGAAGCCAAAGAAGAAAGAUGCGAAAAAAGAAAAAGUCAAACGUAAGACUGGGCCACUAGAUGAGGUGGAGCAGAACAAGGAAAAGGACAAAGACAAGGAGAAAAAGGAGAAAAAAACAAAGAAGAAGAAGGAAUCUGAAGGCACACAAAAGACAAGCAAGACAACCAAAGAAGAGCGUAAAAAGACGCACUUAGAGGAGGCUUCAACUCAGGAGAUGGGGUCAGCGGUGGAGGUGACAAGUCCAAAGAAGAAUAAAUGUGAUGAAAGUGACGAUCAAGAGGAAGACGAGUCCCCGAAACCUGUCCCUAAGUCGCCAAAGAGGAAAAAACAGCUCGACACAUCCAGGUGCCAAAUAAGUGAUGAGAGCAAAGAUGAGGAAGUCCAGGAAAAGGAGAAGAAGGAAAAAAAGACAGCCAAAGCAGAGAAAACUACGCCGAGUCUAGCUUCGCUUAACUCCAACUACAGGGAGAGUUCAUCCUCAGGCAGCGAAUCUAAUGAAAGAUCAACUUCUCCAAUGUCAGUGGAGGAUCUGGAGAAGUUUGCUUUGCGUCCCGCUCCCAGAGACGUAACGAUCCAGUGCAGGGUCACCAGGGACAGGAGAGGCAUGGAGAAGGGCAUUUACCCGACUUACUACCUCCACAUGGAGAAGGAGGAUGGAAAGAGGGUUUUUCUAAUGGCAGGCAGAAAAAGGAAGAAGUCUAAAACAUCCAACUAUCUCAUCUCCACUGACCCCACAAAUCUAUCUAGAGACACAAACUGCUACAUAGGAAAACUAAGGUCCAACGUUCUGGGUACAAAGUUCACAGUCUAUGAUGGAGGAGAAAACCCAGAAAAAAAGCCCUUCAUCAAAGAGUGUGAAUCAGUGCGGCAAGAGCUGGCAGCAAUUUGCUAUGAGACAAAUGUGCUUGGCUUCAAGGGUCCCAGGAAAAUGACAGUGAUCAUCCCCGGCAUGCUGGAGAACGAUGAAAGAGUGACGAUUUGUCCUAAAAAUGAUCUUGAAACUCUACUGGGCCGCCAUGCAAACGGCAACACAGACAAACUGGUCACCCUGGUGAACAAAUCCCCAAGCUGGAACGAACAGACUCAGUCUUAUGUGCUUAACUUCCACGGCCGUGUCACUCAGGCCUCUGUCAAAAACUUCCAGAUCAUCCACCCUGACAACGACGACUACAUAGUGAUGCAGUUUGGUCGUGUGGCUGAGGACGUGUUCUCCAUGGAUUACAGUUUCCCAAUGUGUGCCCUGCAAGCCUUUGCCAUCACGCUGUCAUCCUUUGAUGGCAAACUGGCCUGUGAGUGA